UUUUUACUCCAGUACAACCGGUGGGGUGGAAACGCCACUGAUCUAUCCGUUGAUUUCCCAGGACCCGCCGACAGAUUGACCUACUAGCAGCUACUGUCGAGCAUUUUUACCAAUUUGUCAGUUUAACUAAACUUCGCCACUCGCAACAAAAUGGGCGAUCGGGAGGAUUUAGUAUAUCAGGCAAAACUCGCCGAGCAGGCGGAAAGAUAUGACGAAAUGGUGGAGUCCAUGAAGAGAGUGGCCGGGUUGGAUGUGGAACUAACAGUCGAGGAGAGAAACCUACUAUCAGUGGCCUACAAAAAUGUUAUUGGGGCGAGGAGAGCAUCAUGGAGGAUAAUCAGCAGUAUUGAACAAAGGGAAGAAAACAAGGGCGGAGAAGACAAAUUGAAAAUGAUCCGGGAAUACAGGCAAACGGUUGAGAACGAGCUGAAGUCGAUCUGUAAUGACAUUCUUGAUGUAUUGGACAAGCACCUUAUUCCAGCUGCUAACACGGGAGAGUCCAAGGUCUUCUACUACAAAAUGAAAGGCGAUUACCACAGGUAUCUCGCUGAGUUUGCCACCGGGAACGACAGGAAGGAGGCUGCGGAGAACAGUUUGGUCGCCUACAAAGCUGCUAGCGACAUCGCCAUGAUCGAACUGCCACCUACACACCCCAUUCGCCUAGGCCUCGCUCUUAACUUCUCCGUAUUUUACUAUGAAAUUCUCAAUUCACCCGACCGCGCGUGCAGGUUGGCGAAGGCUGCGUUCGAUGACGCCAUCGCAGAGCUGGACACGCUGAGCGAAGAGAGCUACAAGGACUCCACACUAAUCAUGCAGUUGUUACGCGACAACCUGACACUAUGGACUUCAGACAUGCAGGGAGAUGCAGGUGAAGAACAGAACAAAGAGGCGCUGCAAGAUGUGGAGGAUGAGCCCCAGUGAGACAUUACAGCCAACUUGAGACCCCCCUCCCCCCACCCACCCCCCCCAACAAAGAAACUGUAGCCACCACGCCCAAGUGACCGCGGCUCUCAGCAGCUCUCUGGCCCCGUGGUCUUAGAGAUGAUCAGUCAUUGUUAAUAUUUGUUUUUUUGUUUUUUUCUCUCCCUUUAAUUCAAUUCAAAUAUAAAUACCACUUAAUUGAGACAAUAAAUACAAUUUUGGAAAGGCAAAGAGUCCCUGGAUUAUUUUAUUUUUCUUGGUACACGCGGUUCUGAAAAAAAAUCUUUGUUUUCAUUAUUGUAUUGUUUUAAUUUUGUUUUGUUUAUGCUCUUUCCUCAAUAUUUUAUCAGUUGCUGGAUGUAUUUUGAGAUUUUUUUUUCUUAAUGUAAUUACAGAAAUUUACUUUUAUUACUGAUAUGUCUAUUAGUUGUGGGAGCUGUAAUAUUUCUGUGUUAGUGAAAGAGAUGCAAAUCAUUAAACCUUUUUAAGGGCAAGUCUAAACAAAGUCCUCUUUCGUUAACUUAGUUGAUCAGAGGAAGGUGGCAAAAUUCUUGAUAUCCACGUGGAGCAAAAUGCUUAGCUUUUACACCAUAGUGAUUCUGUUGUAAUGUUUUGGAUUGUACGUUGUGCUAAAAUACUGUAUUGCGAAUACUUGCUGAUUUCAGAUGGUGGCUGGUAGCUGUAAAAAUCCAAGGGAGUGUUGUCGCGUUAACAGUUCUCGAUUGGCUUCUGUUCCAAGAUGACAGGGUUCUGAAGAGAUGAUUUCAAGCCUGCAUGAGUAAAUGAAUCGUUAUUUUUCUGCCUCUUUCCCCUCCUUUUAUAUAGCUCAAUGUUUUCCUUUUCUUUUUGCUGCAUUAUGUGUAACUUAAAGCUAAUUUGUACUACUGGAUAUCUGACUGGAGCCACAGAGCAUCUGUAUUGUUCUUACUGAAACACAGCAUGGAAUUAACAUUAAACAAUCUAAAUUAAACAUA